GCACCUUCUCUCCUCCUCUCGCGGAAGCAGCAGCUCGCUCGCUCGCUCGCUCGCUGUGGCCAUAAGUCGAGAGCUUCCGAUGAGGGGCGGCGACGGGGGGAGGGGGGACUCGCAGCAGGAGUACCUGUUCAAGAUAGUGAUCGUGGGGGACUCGGCGGUGGGGAAGUCGAACCUGCUGUCCCGGUACGCGCGCGGGGAGUUCGACCACGCCUCCAAGGCCACCGUCGGGGUCGAGUUCCAGACCCAGUGCCUCCAGAUCGACGGCAAGGAGGUGAAGGCCCAGAUUUGGGACACCGCCGGCCAGGAGCGGUUCCGCGCCGUCACCUCCGCCUACUACCGCGGCGCUUUCGGCGCCCUCCUCGUCUACGACGUCACCCGCCGCUCCACCUUCGACAGCGUCUCCCGUUGGCUCGACGAGCUCAAUUCUCAUUCAGACACAACUGUGGCGAAGAUGUUGGUGGGGAACAAAUGCGAUUUGGAGAACAUCAGGGAUGUGAGCGUGGAAGAAGGCAAGAAAUUGGCAGAGGCAGAAGGUCUCUUUUUCAUUGAGACAUCUGCUUUGGAUUCUACGAAUGUUCACAAAGCUUUCGAGAUCGUUAUCCGGGAAAUCUAUGAUAAUGUCAGCAGAAAAGUGUUGAACUCCGAUUCUUACAAAGUCAAUUUGGAGUCGAAUGGGGUAAGCCUCGUGGAUGGGAACGGCUCGAGAAAAGCAUGGAGCAAGUACUCAUGCUGUUCAGUCUAGACUAUUACAAGGCAUUGGUAUGGCUAAAUACCUCACCCUUACCCUCUCAAUCAGCGAGUCGGUGAGUUCGUGUUAAAGUGAUUCUAUACUAUGGUUACCAAAUUUUCUCCUAUACUGAUUUGACCAAAACAUACGUCUUUUGGUUUUCCUUUGUUGGACAUAGAUGUAGUUACCUUUCUCCUUGUUUGAGACUAAGAUGUAGAUAAGUAGUGCUGGAGAAAAGGGAAAAGGAAGAAAAGAGAUGUAGAAAGAUACUUGGGCUGUGAAGUCAGUUUUUAUCUCUCCUUUUGUUGGUCUCCUUUUCACGCCAUUGCUGAUAUUUCUCACCUUCCUGUUUUAAGCUGUGAUGAAGGACUACAUUUUUCGUAUCCAUUGGCUUGUUGUAAUCUUUAAUCGACGUUGUAUACUUGGUUACAUUAGAGGAUUGCACAAGGUCACAUUAUUCUAAUUGCUCA